AUGGCAUGCGAAACAUUUAAGAUUGUUUGUAUCAAGCUUUUGCAUUGUCCUAAAUCAGAAGAAGAAAUUGAUCUUGCACAAUCACUGAUCGAUUACUAUUGUCGUGCAGCACCACAAGUUUUUGAUGAAUCCAUUGAACUUUUAUCAUUACAUUGUCAUCUGCAUUUAGCUGAACAAGCGAAGCGACAUGGUGGUCUUGUAUUUUCUUCUGUCUUUUGCUUUGAAUCGUGUAUUCGACACUUGAAAAAAAUGGUUCAUGGAACACAAUAUUUAGCAUCAUAA